AUGUCGAUGGAGGACCCCUUCUUCGUGGUGAAGGGGGAGGUACAGAAAGCCGUGAACACCGCCCAGGGGCUCUUCCAGAGGUGGACAGAGCUCUUGCAAGAUCCCUCCAUCGCCACAAGAGAAGAAAUCGACUGGACCACUAAUGAGCUCAGGAAUAAUCUGCGGAGCAUCGAGUGGGACCUGGAAGACUUGGAUGAAACAAUUAGCAUUGUUGAGGCAAACCCGCGGAAAUUCAACCUCGAUGCGACGGAGCUGGGCAUCAGGAAAGCCUUCAUCACGAGCACACGGCAGGUGGUCAGGGAAAUGAAGGAUCAGAUGUCAAACUCCUCCAUGCAAACGCUGGCUGAAAGGAAAAACAGGCAGGCGCUCCUGGGAGAAAGUGGGAGUCAGAGUUGGAGCUCCGGACCUGACAAGUACAGCCGUCUGGACCGGGAGCUGCAAUUAGCAAAUUCACACUUCAUCGAGGAGCAGCAAGCUCAACAACAGUUGAUUGUGGAGCAGCAAGAUGAGCAGUUGGAGCUGGUCUCUGGCAGCAUCGGGGUGCUGAAGAACAUGUCCCAGCGCAUUGGCGGGGAGCUGGAGGAGCAAGCAGUGAUGCUGGACGACUUCUCCCACGAGCUAGACAGCACUCAGUCGCGGCUUGAUAACGUCAUGAAGAAACUCGCCAAAGUGUCUCACAUGACGAGCGAUCGACGGCAGUGGUGUGCAAUUAUCGUCCUCUUCGUCAUCUUGCUGGUGGUGCUCAUCCUGUUUUUUGUCCUGUGAUGGACCGAACUUCCUCGGACGCCCCCUCCCCGCCCCCUUGCCCGCGUAGCACGGGGAAAUGAAACUCUCACUGUUUCCGUCCGCCCACAGAGAUCCCCGGCAAGAAAACCCGCACUCGGCUCUCACCAUUCUCCUCUGAGGACCGCGGCUCAGCUCCGCCGGCGUCUCACCUGGCCCCGGGGAGAGGGGGUGGAGGACCGGAGCUGCCUCCUCCCCCGGUGCGGUGCGAUCUGGACCUGGGCUCCAGGUCUGGACCUAGGCAGCUGGAGGGGGACUUGACCCCUGCGCUUCCACCCCGUGCAGGUAGGAGCCGGUUGCAGCGGUCCCGAGCCGCCUGCGGUCGGAUGCGGACACAGAGCAGCGAGCCCUGGGGAGGAACGGGACGCCGGGGCGGGGUGGGGGAGAGGAAUUAAUUAAUUCACUGAGCAUUACAAACCACAUCGCCAGCCCGCGGGUGCUUGCCAGCCAAAAGCGUUACGGGGAGGAGCGGUGGUGUGAAACCCCACGCAGCCACGGCGAGGGAGGGGACCCCCCGCCCCACGCUGCCGUCCUCCCACGGGCCGGCUCCGUGCCGCCGACCUGCCGCCGAGAUACGCCGGUGAGCCUGCAGCAGAGCAUUCGCAUCCGCCACCCCUUGGCAGCAGGUUACACACGGGUGAGCCGUGGGGCGUCGUGUCCUGCCAUCGGCCGGCCCGGCGCGACUAGAAACCCCGGAGCUUUAAACUUGGGUUGAUGCACGCUGAAAGCUGGCAAACAACCGUUAGCCGGAGAGUGAGUUUCUUAAAGCUUUUGAAAUUGCCUCCUUCGUUAUACAAGCCUCUAAAGCUCAUUGAUUGAUGCUUUCUUUGCCCUUGUAUAACUGAGUAACUGCUUGUGUUUAACAGCUGCUUCCCUUUGGCAAGUGAUUUGUCAGGUCUAAAAUAACUUAUUUUUUUUAAGGAAAAAAAAAACUUUAAAGAUUUUUUUGAUGAC